AUACAAGUGCCGUGAAUGAUGCACUCAUUCAGUAUGAAAGCGAAGAAGUAGGAGAACUACUAACUACUAAUCACAGGCCAAAUUAAUAAUUAAGGUAACUCUUCUAAAACACAUCAGAGCAGUUUCUUACAGCCUUGGGAAUCAGACAAGUCAGUUAUCUUCAAGACGAAAGAAAACCAUGGUGCGAAAAGUCACCGUGAUCACAUGCGCGUCUGUGACCCUCUUCUCUCAGGGGGGGGGGAUGCAGCAUCGCCAUUCCAUUGUCGGCUCUGACGGUGAGAUAGGCGCCGACGAUGCGGUAGAGGGAACACCAAGGAGUUUCACGGAGACAUCAGUAUCACCCGACAAAGACAUAGUUGCACCAGACCAAGACGCCACUUUCGCGCAAUUUUCACUUUUUAGUGUUAAGAGAGAAAAGUAUGAGUAUCUAGACGUGAUGGUGCUCAAUGCGCAGGGCUGAGGCAGGACCCCAUCUGAAUCUGAACGCGAUCGCGUCUAAGCAGGUGAGAGGUUCGAGCCACCUAGUGUGAGCGACAAAGAAAAUGAGACGGCAUUUUGAAUGAUUGUCUGGUAUUUGCAUAAUCCGUACCCAAGGAGUGAAAUUCUAAUAAUUUUACCGACGUGGAACCGAGGAUUGAACAGUGGCAGAACAAGCGGGAAAGUUUUACGGCGAUCAAGGAUAGACUCCUUUUACAGAGAAAGACGGUGCUGGAGUUUUUCGACGACAAGUUCUUAAAUUUAUGUGAGCAGGCACGCUAUGGCUAUUCAACAAGAACUCGAUGCAUUUUGGUCGUCCCAGACUUUUCCCAAACUUAGGGGGCGACUUUUCUAGUCCGAAAAAAUAAAGCGCCUGCUUUACUUAUUAAAAAAAAGCUUAUUAUUUAAGAAAAUUUCAUCGGUCGCAAUCUGUCUAAUUUAGUCGGCCGAAUUCUGUUUAUUUUGCUCGACUGUUCUCGAGUCGUUACCAAAGGUUUCCUUGCUAGUCUGUUUUUUCUACAACGGGCAGAAAAAGUAGAAAGACAAGGCAUGGCCUUCGGCCUCAAUGGCCUAGCAAGAGCGAACGCCGCUGCUGGUGUUCGUCGCCGAUUUAAAAGCCACUUAGGGGGGCGCCUGGCGAAGAUUUCAGCGCGGGCCUUCUUGGACACGAACAGAAGAAGAAGAACGACAAGGACGAGAAAGGGAGCCGGGCCAUUCUUGAGGACUGGGCUCGUUUCUCUAUAGCCAGGCAAAGGGGUCCGCGGGCUGCUCUGUUUUCUAUAAAAGUCACGGCCAGCCUGGGCUUGCUCUUAUGGCUUAGGCUUAGGGAUUUACGACCAGAGUCGCGCGUCUGUAUCGGUACCCGUAUCGCGAUGGCGCACUCGCAACGAAGUAGGGCAGGGCCUUAGGGCUUCGGGCAGCCUUAUGACUGUCAGGGAUCUCGCUGGGAUUCUCAUGCACCUCCACACCCAGCGAGUCCCUGCUGUUUGUCACUGCCCAGAAGGACGCCACUACUGUGGAGCCGGAUGACAGUGGGGGCGCUAGGGUCUUGCUGGGUAAGGGUGAAGAGCUGACACGAGCGCCAUUCUUCAGCUUUAGGGCGAAACUCUGCGCAAUAUAUCUAAGAGGUGAAGGCAUUCACUCGCCAGCGAUGCAAAAACGACGGCAAACGCCUGCCAUCUACUUCAUUUGCUUGCGGGUAAGCUGAUGGGCACGCUUCUGGUUCUGCUCGUGCUUGUGGCUCCAAAAGGGGCCCCAGUGCUCCUGCGCCGUCCCCUGCAGGUCUUUGAAGGGGUUGGCGCCUCCCUUCGGUUGCUCUACUAUUUUGCAGCGCGUGACUUUCGCCUUCUUGACUGCUCUCGCUUUGGGCUUGUUAGUGAAGGCACCGACCUCCGCAAAGUCUUUCUGGUAGUAGGGACAUCUUGCUGACCGUGUUUCCAUUGGUUCGCGCCCCUUGUUGAGCCUCUGCUGACGGAGCGGAUUCCUUGGCUGCUUCUCUUUUGGAGGAGGCGACAGCAGCUGGCACGCUGCUCCAUCCCCGAGGAGGUCUCCACCAUCGUGGUCGACCGUACCCGCAUCCAUGCUGCCGCGGUGCUUCUUGCGAGCGGGGUUGAGCUCUCCCGGGUCCAGCUUCUUCGUGUAGUACUCAUUGCGGCGUUUACGUAACGUUCCGCGGCUCCAUCUCCGACGGCGCAGUCGCGAUCCUUGCGGCGUUCUGCCAGCUCCUCCCCCAACAUCUGCAGAAGGGCCUCGCGGUCUUCGUGUUGAUCCGUUUCAACCUCCGCGUCGCGGUAGUCGAGCGAUUUCCGAAGCUCGCUGCUCGCGAGCUGUCCGAUGAGAGCGGCCGUCUCCUCCUCGAGAUGAGUGCCGUCCCCACCUGGCUGCACUGCAUAGCCCGUCUUGUAGGUGAUCUCACCCGGGCCGAGGCUAGUGGCCAUCUCCGUGAAGAAGCCGGCCACAGGUCUGACGUCCUUGCGGCUCUAGUCUUCGGUAGCAGUUCACAGCCGCCAUCUAGUCUGCGCGUCAGGUCUAGCCCAAGAUAUGCACCGAGGUGGAAUGGAUAGCGAAAAUUUGGGCUGCCGUUCCAGACUUAUCGCAGGCCGCAGCUAGUGGGUCGCCGAGCAAAUUCCGAAGAACGGGACUCAGACUCUCGGAGAUUAGUCGCGCCUCACGCCAGCGCGCCUGCACAUCGAUCGGCGUGAAGCUUGCUGCGAGGCCCUGACUGGCUGCAGCUACGGCCGUGGCGUCUCCAGAAUAGUCAGCCCAUGCGGUGCCCUUCAUGCCGUGGGGGAAUUCUUUCGACAAGUUCUGCGCCUUGUGGUAGUUCGGCGAUGUUCGUGGAAAAGAAGACGGCGCCAGCUCAGUUACGUCAUGCGUUACUUGUGGAAGACUUCGCGCGUUCGCUGCUGUCGACUCAAACUGCUUCAGCUUCGUUUUGUUGUCUUCCGGAUCGCAACCCUUAGCCCGCUCGGCUUGCUCGCUCAUCGCUCUCGCAUCUCGGGCCUCCGCCUUGUCUCUGCUGGCUAUGGCAGGCGCUAUCGCGUCAUAUUUGACAUGACUAGCCCACUGCAGUCUACGAGCAAGAGCUCCGUGGCCAGUUGCUUGACAGAUCACCACGCGAGCGCUCGGCCCUAUUCUCACUGGCUCAGUGGUUUCCUGAAAAGAACGCGCUGGAGGUCUUGCCGCCUUGGAUGAAGUCGGUCAGCUUCUGCGAGAGAUUCGCUCUGUUGUGGGUGUGGCAGCUCUCAGGGAAGGCCUGCGCUUGCCCGCGUGGUGUUCUAUCGAUUCUUGUCGCGUUAGCGAAGUGGCCGCACUCCACUGCGCCUCGCGGAUGUGGGAACUUGCGCGCGUAGGUGUUAAACUGCGGACCCCGCAUCUCAUACGCCCAGUGCCUCAUGGGCCCACCCGUCACCAAGGUGGUGUGGUGAGCUCACGUCGGUCCCCAUUCGUGUCGAGGCUGCUCAGGGCCGGGAACAACAUCAGCCGGAAGACCGGCGCGAUGUUGCUAGCCUUCACGUGGUAGAACUCCGCUACUGUCGGCGCCGUGGUGGAAGCGAAGACGAGGGUGCUGCCGACCUUCAGCGGCUCGCCGAGCAACUUGCCUGGAGGUUGCGCCCCCAGCUUCAUGCUGAUGCGACAGUAGUCGCGAAGCCCUUCGCCGGUCUUUGUCUGUGCGCUGCAGUCUUCGACAGAUAUACGCGCCAGUCUCUCGAGCAGCCCCGUGGCAUAGAAAGGGCGGCGGGCUGUCAGCGAUGGCGAUGCUGUUGGUUUUUGGUCUCUCUCUCUUUAUUCCCUACCCAUAGGAGAAGCAGGACCACUACCACCGCCCAGGUCUCCGAUUUCCUCUAUGAGAGGCGCAGGUGGAAGCGCGGGCUCUGCAUCAUCUUCCCCGAGAAGAUCUGCAGAGGCGUCUGGUGCUGAGUUAGCUCCUUCGCCUUUCUUGAGGGUCAACACACGGGCAGCAACCGCCUCAGCAUGCGCGCCGUACUCCAGUACUCACCUCGCCAAGAGCCCAGCACCAAACCGCCUCGAGCUAUCUGCUUCCCCCGGAUUACAUGCUGACCGAAGAGAGGGGCCAUAAGAAGGGAGGCGAGUAGCCUGCGCUAUGAAACAGGUGGAAACCUUCCAAGAAGUAGGCUCCCUCUCUGAUGACAAUCAGCACGACAACCCACCUGACAAGCAUCACAGAGCCGGGCGCCAACUCUCCCCGGGGGAGAUCUCGACGGCAGACAGAGCAUCUGACAAGCGACCAGAAAGAGGCCGCCAAAUAAAGGCGCUCGCAAGUGUCUCGCCAAGAUCCAAAAGAAGAGGAAGAUGGAGACCCGAGACGCAGCGCCAGCCGUGGACCAUUUUGCUACAAUCUAGAAAGUCUAGCACUUUGUGACAGAAUGGCCUCCAUCGACUUGCCCUUCUUCCCCGAACUCUUGACGCGUUGCCAAGCAAUUGCCCGACGGCGUUCCGCUGCGCUUGAAAUCAGGCAGGUUCUCGCUCCGUGCUGUGCGCCAGUCUUGCGCUUUGCUUGGCCCUCUGUCUUCGAAAAGGGGCCACGGGCGAAGCUAUUAACUAGAGCCCCCGACCCCGUUCAGAUCUUCAGCUUGUUGGGUUGAUUUCUCAACCUGUGAAACACGCCAAAGAACUGCACGGCCAUCGCAUUCCUCUGGAGAAUGAGACCACGCCGCGUCUCGCUUUCUAGUUGGUCGGGGAGAAUAACGCACACGCCCGGGGGGGAGUUGUCGUCCGUGGGGUAAGGUGAAUCCACGACCAGCGCGCCCCAGUCUGAUAAGAUGCCGCGCGCAAACUCAGGCCCAGCAAAUUUCUCGAGCACCAUGGUGAAGCGAAAGGCCGCAGCUUGUCGAGCUUUUUCGAAUUGUUUUGGCCCAUGAGGAGGAACCGCCUGCAAGGGACAAUCAAACCAAGAAAGGCGGGCCCUGGGGCGUGCCGCAUGAGUUGACAUUCCCGGGCAAAAGCUGCGGCGAGUAUCGUAGUGGAGACUAGGCCAGAAGAUGGCGGGGGCUCCUUCUUAUUAUGGCGCCAAGAGAUUGGCGCAGGCUCCUUUAGUCGAGCGCUACUCCUAUGAAGGAGCUCCCACAUGUUAGCAGAUGCCCACAGUGUGCCUCUCAAGCAGCAGCAGACAGCUAGGCGCUGCGGCGAGCUGUAGAAGUGCGCGCCGAACCAUGCCAGCACAGGAAGGCGAACUCAGAAAAGCCGGCGGGGUGCUUGCAGUCCCCUUCGCGGCUUCGACCUUUUGUCUGGCUCGUCUAGUCUACUUGAGCCCCAGCAACGCCAGUAAGGUUCGCUUUGUUCGCAAAACCUCUCGGCCUCUCCCGUCCCAGAACUCUGGCGAAAAGUUUCCACAUCGAUCGCCGCCGCGUAGAAGUGCCUGGAGAUGAGUGCCUGGGGGUGGAAAGUGGGCAGCGGUGGCCUUCUCGCUGUUAAACUGUGCCGAGUCCAGUAAACGCGUCACAUGAUGAAGCUACACCACAGAAGCGCAGCCGGCGAAGAUUCAGAGAAUGGGGCCACAGGCACAAGACUCAACGCCACACCUAGCGCCGGCCUGUCGCUUUGCUGGGCUUGCCUCUCUCGAGAUGCCAGGCAGCCGGCCUUCUGCCGACGGUCUUCGCGAUUUCUAGCAGCAUUGUCGCGCGCUCUGAUGGUGUGACCCACGGCGCCCCCAGCUUCACUUCCUGACCAUUUUCGCAAACUUGGCACGCGGAGACUUGUGGCGGUCGGUAAGGAAAAGCAGGAGCAGAGAGACAGACGAAAGCGGGGCCACCGCGCAGAGCAGCUAAGCUGGGGAAAAGUAGAGCAAGCUACUACAUUCAGAAGAGUCGCGUUGGGGAGAUAUGCGCAAUUUGAAAAGGUGACCGCGGCCAUUUUUUAAGAAACAAAAACGGCCGCGGCCAUUCUGCGCGUCUGGUUCUUACUUUAUGACAGAAGCAAGAGGCGCCCUCUCGUAAGAUAUCACCCGGCUCACUGGCGCGAGCUAAACUGUCACCCCCGAGGAUAGGCGUCCCGCCGUGCAUCGGCUCCGCAAGGUCUAGCCAUUCGAUUAGCUUGGGGCGCGACCUUGUCGGCCAGUUGUUCUCGGGGGCUCUCUCAUCCGGAGGCACAUCGGUGAGCCUGGUGGCCCCCUGCAAGCGUGCCAGCGUCUUCUUCGACGUCUGUAACUGCGCCGCCUUGACUGCGCACCCACGUGCCCGACCAUCUGGAGAACUUAUCAGCAGAGAGCUCUCGCACAAAAAACAAAUUGAGCGCGCCGCGCCGUCUUUGGGGUGUUUUCCUGAAAGCAAGACCGACGGAGCAGGAUCGCCACAGUUCUGCGCGCGUGUGAAGGGGUGCAGGUCUCGGGCUUAUUUGUUUUGAUAGAGCUCCACCAUGUCAACAGUGCCACACAGAGGGAAGCAAAUCACCCCGCAAGGAGUGGCAAUCUCGAAAGAAAGGAGCGCAGGCGCAAGACGUUGCAGUCGAGUGAAAAAUGGCAAAUCUUGAAGAGCGGGGGGGCGUGCUGGAUGCUGUGCCAGGUUCGGGCUUAUUGCUUUCUUGGGUGGCUUAUCAAUAUCAGCUGCAGCAAGCUACUCUAUUCAAGUCGAGGGGCUACUGCUCACCACGUGAACGGGUAAGCCCCUGCCCCAGCAACACCAUCCAGAAGAAACGGAUCGCCACACGCAUGCGCAUGGGAGUAGCUACUCCCCAUAGCUUGCCACUAGAUGGGGCUGCUGUCUAUGAGAGGCCCGCCCGAGUCUUCUCCCCCCUCUCUCUUGAAAGUGAAGGCGCCAGCCUGUCUCGCAUGCAACAAAGUAGCACGCCAUCCGAACCAAGCAAGUGCAACAGCGUGGGGACUCCACGAAAUCGAUACCGCGCCAGCCGGUGCUGUCUACUCUGACCGCCGAGGGUUCGACCAUGAUGAAGAUAUCAUAGAAGAAACGCAACAGCUGAACUGCUAGGGAAAUGGCGCAAAAGUUUCAAAGUAUUACGAGGAAAGGACAUAAAUGGCGGGGGGUCAGUCUGCUUACCGGGUAGCUUUCACGUGUUGGCUAGAUCUCAAAUUUUCUGGGAUUGGGGUCCUCUUGGUUAAGAUGACUACGCUACGCCUCGACCUAAAUCCGCCCUCCAAUCAGCACCCUGCCGGUGAGCUCUCACCAUCGCCACCGCUUCGGGCCUGGGGCCCGCCUACUUCUUGGAGCGCUUGGAUGCUGGUGCGCUGGCCUUUGCGGAGGAAGUGAUGGCUCGCUUCGUCGAGGCGUUGGCGGUGACGGUAGUGGAGCGGGAGGAGGUUGCACGGGAAGAGGUGGCACGAGUGGAACUGGCGGAGCUGCUGCUGCUGGCGCCGUUGGCGUUUCAUUCCCUGGUGAAGAGUUGCCUGCGCAUAGAAGACGGCCAAGGAUUGGAGUGGAAUGGAUUUGGACGGAGAUUGAUAGGGAGCUCUUUUGAAAGAGCCGGAUCUUGAGAGUAGCUCCGUGGAGAUCUACGCUGAGCGCCUGGGGGGGUCACGCGCGACGCUCAGAGUUUUAGAAAAUCUUGAAAGUUUCUUGCACGCCGGGGCUGUCUUGCUUCUUUCUAUUCUUUAUCCAACACCGGCUGAAGGUCUAAAAAAACCUCAGCAGGAUCUGUUCCCACCUUCGUGCUCUCCGCGUUGUUCUGCAUAUCGAGCAAGAUGGGGCACGUAGCUGGGCACGCGGGCCGGCUUGGGUGAGUGCGUUUCUUUGCGCAGGCGGAGACGGUUGGAGGUUGGCACGUGUGGGCGAUGCGCUGGAAUCGAAGUCAGUUGCCGUCUUGUCGUCGUUGGACUCUGUACCAGGUUCAGCAACGUCACCGGCCUCCGUCUUGUCUGAGGUUGUUCGAAAGGGAUCCAGCUUCGUCUGGCGUCUUUAAUUACCCAGACACAGCCACCGCCUUACUCCUAAACGGCUCUAAACGUCGCGAAUCAGUACGGCUGCCGUGAGACGCAGACCGAGCAGCCCGAUGAAAUCACGCAGAGACUUAGGGCUCUCGUUGAUCGUGGUGCAAGGCUGGCCGCUUGGCAGCUGAAGCCAGUCAGAAGCCCAAAUGGGCGGCGUCAACUCUCCGCCGCAAUUCGUGUAGCCUGAUGAGUUGAACAAGGCGCGCGAUAAGGUGUCUACUUUGACAGCAGCAGCAGCAGCCUGCUGCAUGUUGGGAGGGUGUGGAGGUGUGAAGAGAAGGCGUGCCGCGACUUACCUCCGCGCGCAGGUUGAGGGGUGAGGAGUUCAGGCCGUACGCUUGUCAGGGUCUCGCUUCUGGUAGGAGGUUAAUCUAGAACCUAGAGCGGGCCGCGCCUGCUAUAAUUUCAAAAAUGAGAGACAGAGCAAAAAAGUGGAAAACUAUACUGGUGCCUUUCGAAGUCUGGGGGCGUCUAUAUCUGCAGGCUCCAGCUGUGCACCUUUCUGGCGCAAGCUCGUAGCGCUCGCAGCUUUCCCGGCAAGGCCUUGCAACUUCGUGCGCGUAUCCAUAUCAGCCCGCUUAUCCUUAUCGCACAGCCAGCGGACGGCCCGCGGGGUCGCGGUUGGAACAAGUUGAACUGCCUCGGGCGUCUUUGUCUGUGCUUCUGUAACUACAGCAGACGCUUUGGAACGCAGAAAAACACUCACACGCUAAAGCGUGAAACCUUUUGAGCCAUAUUGAGAUAAGGGCGAGCAAAUGCGUUAGGCCUUGCCGCACACGCUUGGCGGUGCGCACUACUCUCCAGAGUGGGCCCGCUCUGCUCCAGCCGCCAAAUAGGCCCACGCGGCUAGGGAAGCAGGGCCCCGCCUUCUGGCUUUUGCCAAGUCGCUUGGAAUUUGCUGGGUGUACAGUUGCGGGUAGAAUGGCCUUUGCCUCCCUUCCAUUCGGCCGCUGCUGCUGAGUUUGGAUCUGGCCAGCGUGGUCGCCGGGUGGGGCCUGCCGAAAUCGUUUCGAGUAGGUUUCUCGGAGUUUGCAAAAACCGGCCUCACCUGCCCGACGAUCCCGCGCAAAGGCCUUCACAAAAAACCUACUCUAGCCCUUGGCUUCCGGGGUCCCUUUGGGCGAGGGGUCGGAAUCGGUUUAGGGUAGGUUUUUUGGAGUUUGCCAAGGGCGUCGCAGCCUUGGGCGCCUUGUGGUGCUGGGCAGCCCCAGAAAAGGGCGCAACAGUAGGCCGCGCCGGUGGUGCCUCGUGGCUGCCACUUCGGAUCUUGGCCCCUUGGCCCGUCCGAAAGCCGCUCAACCCGGAGCAGAGGGCGCGCACGAUCUCGCCAACAGUUGCCCACACGCGACGCCGCGUGCCUGCGUGCAGUUGCUUACUGAACAACUCGCAAAAAAGUCCAUGCUUUAGAGUGUGAGUGGGUGCCUAUUUGUCAUAGACUCUGCCAGGUAUUCAAAAAAAACCUUUUAUAGUUCUACUGUUGGCGUGCUCUACUUAAGUCGCGCCAUAACGUCGCGCGCGGGGUCCUUGCCGUUAGAAGGAGCUCCAGCACCUUCGUGCUGGUUGCUCUCCUGCUCUUCAGCCGGACACGCCCGGGCAGUGGGUUGGGCUAAAAUAGUGCUAAAAUUUUUCUAAUUUUUCUGAUCGGACCGGCUUCGUGUCUGUUUCCGCUGCCCUGUUGGAUUCGUGCGCGCGCAGCUCUUGCGGCCAAGUUUGCCCGCUCCGUCGCCCGCCUGCAGCGCGUGAGAGCCCGCGCGUGCUCUCUCGUUGAUAAUUUUCUGCUCUGAGAGAGGUGGGGGUGGUUUGAUGCUUGCGCCCCCUGGGUCGUCCCUCGUCUCUGCAGUUUUUUGAUGGCAGCAGCUUGGGGCGAUGAGGUUCGCGCGGUGGGGGUCCGCUGCUCUGGCAUUUCUCGGAGGGGUGUGGGUGUGUGUCCCUUAGCUUCCUUGCCCACGCACCCAUGUGCCCGCAUUCAUUCUUCUCGCUAGAUGGUCCGCGCGCUCAUGGACUGUCUGGCGCCUCCUCAUGGUCGAUCUUCUGCGCGUAGGUCUGAGCGAAUAGGAUCUGCAGCCUUCUCUUGUGUGAUUAAGUGUUUAAUUUUUUUAGUUCACAAGUAAAAAAGUGGCGUCGUCUGAUGGGGUGAGUGUCGAUGAAGGUGUUGAUCUUCUUGCGCGUCUCCUCGUCUCGUCUGGCCGCGUCGAUCUUCUGCGGGGAAUGAUGAUCCUCCCUGCGACAAGUCGGACCAGCGUCGGACGAUAUGGGGGCUUCCUCCUCCAAGUUCUCGACGCUGGUAGUAGUAGCAGCGCAGACUCGGCAGUGUUGUCGAGUUUGCGAAACAAGUCUGAGGGCGCCAUCGGUCUACUUUUCGAGCGGAUUUUGAUGCGUUUGAAGUUGGCCUAUGCGCGUUGCCAGUUCCAGUAUGUGUCCGCCGUCGUCAUGAAAGCCCUAGAGCGGUCCACUGGUGUCCUCUCGCGAGUGAUGUCUGAUGGGACGCCAAUAAAACUCAACUCUCGGGGUAAGUAUGUCCGAGCAGAUUCAGAGGGGAUUUCGCAGGUCCUCUUCUUCCCGACGGAGGACAGCGAACGCCUAGUAGUUGACGCAAAUAAAACUGUGGGGCAACCAAUGCGACGGCUUUGGAUAUCUGGCGACGUCGUCUGCAUGUUAGAGGGGCACACGGAUCUCAUGGCGUUUCAGGAGAUCCUUCGGCGCACUGUGGUGUUGCGGCAAUUGGUUGGCACAGGAUCAGCCUCCACCCAGAUGGGUUUUACAUUCCACCACUAUAUUUCUGACGGAGGUGCUUCUGGUGUAGUCAGAAAGUUUGUGGGUUUGCGACAUGAGCAGGGACUACUUGACCACGGGCCGUCAACAGUGGUGGAGUCGUUCCUGGAUCUUUUUGGGUCGGAUUUGUGCAUCACUCACACUUUGCGUGGAUGCAUGGAGGACGGAGCUUCGCAGCUUGCCACACUCGAGGGCGACAAGCAGAAGGAAGACGUAAAAAAAAUCUGCAAUGCGCUGCGCAACUCGCGCUGUGGUCUUGAGGAACAUGCAGAGGAGUGGUUGCAUCGGAACUAUGUCCAGUCGCCGACUGGUAACCUCGAGUCUUAUCGUGCUGUGGUGGGUUUCAUCUGUGGCAACAUGGGUGACGAUCUUCAGCGUGAACUAGUCAGACUGCAACUACGGUGGGAGGAUGGAGCCUUGUGUGGCAGUCUUCCUCUUGAAGACGGCCAUCCUCCGCGUGAUGUAGUAGAGCUCAUAAAGCGCGUGAGGUAUAGGCAGAUGCAGUUUGGCAGGAUGGGCAAUUCGCUACUUCCAGCGCGCCGCGCUGCACUCGCCGACAUGCUUGGGAUUCCGUUUCUCGCUGAGCAUGUCUGCUUGCAUGGGCGCCGACAAUUCGACGUGAAGCAGGCACUUGGCACCCAGGAAGUGAAGCUUUUCUCUGGUUUUUCUACUGCGGUCUGGAGCCUCAUCUCAAUCCUACCGCCGUUCGAGGAGGCUGAGGCAGACCUUUUGCAGAAUGAUAAUACUCAGGCCGUAGCAGCAACGCAGAGCACCUUGCUCGAACGUGUCGAGCAGUGGAGAGGGCAGCCCUUUGCGAAGUUUUGGGCGUACUCUUCUGUUCUUGCUGCGGACAUCUUGCAGGAGGUCUCAAGGGUGCAGCUGUGCAUUGACAUUGUCAUGACGUCUGCGGAGAUAACCGCCUUUCGCCGCCUGGAUCUACCACCGUGGUCGCAUUUCUCUGCUCGGCCAUUAACUUUGGAUGGAGUUCUUGACUCCGUGCGCCGCACUCCACCCAGCAAAGCCGACAGUGGAUUCACGCGCAGACUACAACUAGUACUAGAGCACGCUCCGCAGCUUCUCAAGACGCAUGAAGCGUCGCUUCUUGAUGUCUGUGCAGGUAUGCUCGUGCUUCCGCAGGGGAUAAUGAUUCAGGAGAAGUACCAUAAGCAUGCGCGCGAGUGCUCUGGGUCUACAUUGUCUUACCGAGCUGUGAAUGAUAUACAAUGGCGAGGCAAAUGGGUGGAGCAGAGCAGGUUGGUCAGGGGUGCGCGCAGCAGUAGUGAGGUGGAGGAUUUCCGCGAAAUGUCUUUACAGCAAGUUCGUGCGCAGUCGAAUGCUAAAAAAGUCAACAAGAGUAGCAUGCACAUGCGCAAAAUGCUCAGUGGUCGUUCUUUGUCUUUCUUGCAGCAACAGAAAAGCAUGGGGGAAGCUGCAGCAACGUACUCCUUGAAAGUAAAGCUCGGGGCAGAUGUCGGCGACUUGUCCCCCGCUGUGAAAAAGCGGCGUCGAGAAAUUGAAGGUGAAGCAGUGGAGAAGUACUUCCAAGCACAAGAGAAGCGCUUAAAGGUGGUAGAGCACGAGGCAAACUAUCGCGGCUUUGUAACGGGAGCAAAUUCUGAGAGUCUGGAGGCGUUGAUCACAGACAAGAUGUUCAUCGAGGCCUGGGACGCUUUGCCUGUCAACCCGACCAAGUUGUCGCAGGAGCAGUGUGUCCAGAGUUACAGCCAGAAGCAAGCUGAUGGCCACGUAGCAGCAGCGUGCGUCUUCCCGUACAGUUUUCCGGUCUUCGAGCAUGAUGCUCUAGAUGGUCGCGUGACGAUGCUUGUUCGUCGUUCGUUAGAAUCAGGAGGAACUGUCGGAGGGGUCCUCUGUCUGCGGCACGAUAGGCCGACGUUGCCUGGUGAUGAUAGUACUACUCAUCUUCUCCUCACUUUCGUCUGUGGUAGGCCGUACAUUCUUGGCGCUCAUCUUUUGGAACAGGACGACUUGCCAGACCCGGAGUUGUCUGUCGCCGCAUCGGGGACUGUCAUGCGACGAACAGGCAUACUUCUCAACUUGACGCGGCUUCAGGGCGAGGCGUUUUUGCUGGACGCUGAUUCAGUUCAGCAGCUUCCUUGUGGUGGAGUGCGACUUGAUGUUGAGACGAGUUACAGCGAUCUAGACUCGGCACCCUUUCAAAAAGUCCUACCCGGCAGGCCGCUCCCUCGAAACAAGACUAGCUCCUUGGGUUCCUUACGCCCGCAGAAAGACAGCCAUGGGAAGGCCUUCAACAAUUACAAGAAGCGGGACUUGGGUGAUGCCAAAACGGUUCGUGAAAUGAUGGUGGCGCAAGAGCUUGCCGACGAUGACCUCGGGCGUAUUCGCAUGGAGCUUCAGUCUGAGAGACGUGCGCUAGUAGCUAAUGCGGGCGUAGAAGCUGACGACGCGGCGCUUGGCAAAGUUUUUGAGGUGAGGACUGUUGGCGGAGCAUGGUGUAAACUGAAGACCGGACACUCUCACGACAAGCACACUCUGAAGACGACGAGUGCGCCUAUUCGGCAGGAACUACAGCGUCUGGAUUUGCCACACUCGAGGGAUGCCGACUUCCUCCAGCUAUGGGAAAGCGCUGAGCGAGCGCGCAGUCAUUGUCUCACGGUGCGCCGAAUAUACAGGCUGCUGUUGCAGUAUGGGUUGCAACCGCUUGGCACAGAAGACACGCAGGCAGCGCACACUGCCACUGUGCGAACGAUGCUCGCCGGAGAAGAUCUCCUUCUUGCUCUAGAGAAGGACAUGUACUUUUUAAAGAAUAAGGGCGAGCUGUUUAAGUUCAAGCGUCAGCUCAUGUUUUUGAAAGUCCAGCAAUAUUGUAAAGCUGGAGUUUUUAUCGUUCCAAUCGCCCCCAGUAUCGAGCAAGCGCUCAGUAAGUCCUUUGAGAUCUAAAGCCUCCCCCUUUCUAGCAUCAGCCCGCAGUUGUGCUCUUGUUGUGUCCUCUUCUCUCUAAUCAAGUCGACGAUGGUGCCGCGAAUUGUCAUAAACUUUUUAGCACAGCUGGAGACGUCACACUUGUAACUUAAGCAACGCACUCCGAAGCUGUGCCUUUAUCGGAGUAUCCUGGUGCACAUGGUUGACUUGUUCUGAGGAGGAGCAGCAGGAUAGUUCAUCUUUCUUGUGGUGGUGCAAUCGGUCAAGGGUGUCUUCUUCUUUGCUACUUUCUGAUCGUGGUCUGCCUUGUGCCGUUGCUUCAGAUGUGGCCUGCAGUGCAGUGCUGUUGCUUAUUGACAUGGCAACAGCCGCUGCAGAGUUUAUUAAAAUGAAAGCGCAUUUAUUCACUACAUGCAACGUUCCUGCUUUCACGCCAGUACUUUUUUAACUUGAGUAACGAAGGUCAAAAUGGGUGGAGGUAACAAGGGCGCUGCCCUUAAGAAAAGCAGCACUGUAAUGAAAAGAUCUAGCUCAAAAAAAGGCGCGUCUUCCUCUGCCGGGGGGGCUUCGAGCUCCUCCACCUCUUCGUCAUCAAGUUCUGCUGCAGUGGCUGGUGGGGGUGACAGCGUUUCCCUCGAGGUACUAUUUCUUCUCGAAAUUUUUCUAAAAAAAAUUCUAAUAUGUAUUUCUAAUAUUCGUUUCUAAUUUUGGGUGUCUAAUAUCGAGUUCUAAUUUUCAUUUUUUCCCCGCAGUUAAAUGCUUAAAAAUUAUUCUAAUACUCGUUUCUAAUUCUAAUUUCCACACCUUUUCUCAUCGUCUUUUAGUAGUCUAAAAUUUGUCUAAUUUAAUUUCUAAUUUGAAUUCUAAUUUUUUCAUUGUGUCCCUAUAGGUGUUUUCGCGUAGUAAAUUCGCCAACAUUUGAUAGUGGUUCGCGAUGGUCGUGGCUAGUGUUUUUCAGUAGGUUUUCGCCUGUUUUUGCAGGCCAAUAAAUUAGAAUCUAAAUUAGAAUUUUUUUUAGAAUAAUUAUUAGAAAGCCCACAAAAGCAUUAGAGAGCAAAUUAGAACCGCAUACUAGAGCAAUUUUGUAACGAAAAUCCCUGGUGCGUUGAUCAGUUCGGGUUGGCGUCUGUCAUCGCUUGGCAACCCUCGGCUCGCAUCGUUGGAGCCAGCCGGCGUCUAUGGGGGCGCCCCCUUCGGCUCGCGCGAGGGUUAUUGCUAAUAGCAGUGUUUGGCGUGGCCAGAUUUGAUCUACUUAUCUGGCCGCCGCGUUUCGCAUCGUGGCAUCCUUGGCUUGGUUUGCUGCAGUCUGUUUUUUUGUCUCCCCUUACCAUUUUGAAAAUGGUAAAGGGAGGUGGUUUGUGCCUCGUUUAUAGCCUUCGCGAAGCCGCUUCGCAUGCAGCGCGCGUUCUCAUUUGCUUUUUAGCGUGUGACUUUUUGUUCGCCAAAGCUUCUGUUGCAGAGGCGCCCGAUCUGAUAGUGCGCCAGGGUCUUUCCUCUCCAAGAGUCAUCUUGUGCGUUUUUCCAGUCUACUAAUUUAUCUCUCCUCACUCUCGUCCAGGUAAGUGCUUUUGCGCCUCCGCCUCCGGUUAAGAAGAAACGAGGUCCGCGCAAGAAGAAGCUCGAGCGGCAUUCAAGUGACUGGCAUCAUACCGCCGACGCUUCUGAAAAAGCUCUAGCAACAAUUCAGCACUACAACAAGAACAGCCGGAGGCUGCCUGGCACAGUAAUAUCUGCGAAAUGUUUCCCGAAUGAUAGAACAGCAGCAGAAUUUGUCGCGCAGGAGUACUUCAGUAAGAUGAAGGGCGUGGAUGAUGGAAAAAAAACGUACAUCAAACUUCUCCCGGAGCAGUGGAAGGAGGUGAAGAUGUACUUCGACCGGGAAUCAGCGCGCUCUGUCGAAAGUGUGGCGCACGAAGUGCGCAGUACUCUGGUUGAGAUCAAUGCAAAAAAUGCAACCUAUGCUGCGCGUGCAGUUGCUGUUCGUCCUUUUUUGCAUCGUCAUGCGAAAGCGCUGCGCGCGCGUUUUGGUCAAUCAGGCAGCAACUUCUUGAAGGAUUUCCUUGGUGAAGAAGAUGGUGAGGAGAUGCAGGACAGUAACAACAUUGGAGAAGAAGAUGAACUACUACCGAAAUCAUCUACUUCUUCAACCGGUGGCGGUGGUGUGGGAGAGCAGGUUGCGAACUCUGGCGAUCAAGGUGUUGGCUCGUCUGAUGAAGUCCUACUUGGUGCUGACCCGAUGGAGGGAGUUGUCUCAACCAGUGCAGAGGGAGGGGCGCUGCCUUCAGAUGAGGUUGGUCCUGCCGCGACUUCGUCUGAAGUAGCUGGUGAAGCGGUGGGUGGUCAAAAAGAUACUGAUGAUGUUUUUGCUGAAGAUCAACCACUGCCUUCAGCUACCUCUUCAACUUCUAACAGCCAGGGACUAGCAGAAAAUGCGGCGAAAACUAGUGGCGACUCUGAUGAUGAAGGACUCAACUACUGUCCUGCCGGAGACGUUCCUGCCGACGUAGACAGCGAUGAUGAUCUUCUUAAUUACAAGCCGCCCGGGAGCACCGCUUGCAAGUUUGAAGACCUCAGCCGUGCACUUUCUGGGGAUAAUGUCGCGCAGGCUGCAGCAGAUGAUGACAGUGUUCCGCUGAACCUAACGGAGGUCGGCUCGUCCGUGUCUGGGCUUAUCUCCUUAUUCCAGAAAGCCGACAAGAACACUCACGACACGGAGCUGCUGAAGGCAAUAACGUCGGUCGUCGCUGCGGGUUUUGGUAUUGAGGUUCUCUAACUCUUUGCUCGACGUCUCACCAACUGGGGCGUCGCUUUUUUGUUUGCUUAGAAGUUCUACUUUCGCACCAUCAGUUUCGACAGGUCUUCGCUUUUUUCUUGGUCUCCGAUGUGUGGCUCCUGUAGUCUAUUCCCGUGGUGUAAGUAUAAUUUCCUUUCGCUACAGCAACGCCUCCCCAAAUAAUAUACCUCCCCCUCUCUGCCAGAUUGUUUCUUAUCGGGUGACGCCCGGCGUACUGCAUAUGAGAAGUUACAGGCUGCGGCAACGAAAAUGCUGGCGGCACGAUACGAAAGCCUCCAGCUGGAUGGGACUGCCUUCUGUGAAAAGUACUACCCUCCUGGUUUGAUAAUAGUGCGCUACUGCGCUGUAGGCGUGGUAGUAUAGUUCAGCAAGGGUCUCCUUGCUUAAAAUUUGGUGCUCAAUAAAAACGUUGGUAGUCUUGCGAGCUUUCUCAAGUCUCUCGAUAGAAAACUGGUAGUCUUGCAAGUUUUGCAAACUUGCUAUUUUAUGACUUUCCUGACUUUCAAAGUGGAUGACUACUCUAUCGCGCUUCUGAGCGUUUUGAAAUCACCACUCAUUCCUCAACCAGGUUUCUUGCGUUCCUUCCGGUGUUGGCGCCGCAUUUGGGUGAGGCGCAUGCAUUCACGGCCCAGCACAUGAAAGCUGGAAGCGUCACUUUCCCAGUGGACCAGAUUGAUCGAAUGACUUGCCUCAUACAAUUUGCGGAGAUUCCGGCAUACAAAAAACUGAAGAAGGGGCUGGAGGCGCGCCAAAAAUGUGCGCAGCUAGAGCGGAGCGCCCACGAUGUACUAUUUUUUAUUAUUAAUUUGUUGCUUCUGGUAAAGUUACAAGUUUUCGCUUUUUGUAAGGUAUCAGAAGAUUGGCGCCAACCUUUUCGAAACCCCUCUCCAGGUAAUCGUCAGUGCGGACACCCUUGCCCUGGAGGGUCUUGAAGAUGCUGCUGGUGUGGCAGCUCAACAAACUAAGGAGUUGGAGGAACUUCUCGCGCAAGCGCGUGAUGUCGGUUUGGAAGAGGAGCUUUUCGAGGUUAUCGCGUUGCGGUUGGGUGCCGUCGGUGAACUAGAGCUCGACUCUUUCCACAAGAAAUGUGUGGCAUUGCGGGAGGUGAAAGACAGCACCAGCAAAAUAGGUUUUGCGAUCACGGUCAACGAUGCCCGGAAAGAGCUCGCCCGGAGCUUGUCGUUGACGUUGCAGACGCCCUGCACAGCGUAUUAUCGACUUUGUGGCUUGCUUUGUGUAGUCGUAGUCUGAGUAGCCAAGCUAGAGCUUUUCCCUGCCUCAUCAUCUCGCCGCCCCGUCGGUGUCACCUAUCAUGGUAUGGUCUUCGUCUCGUAUCCCUUUUUCGAUACUCUCCCAGGUACCAGCUUGGGCGUGAGUUAGCGAAAGUUGCGCCUGUGGAGUUGAGGUGGGAGCUUCGCCGCGUUGAAAAGCAGGCGAAGGAGCUUGAGGAAGCCUCGAAGAGAAUCCUGAUGGACGCAGCAAACGAGGGCGGCCCGACCCCGGUCUUCAAUGACUGGGUUGAAGGAGGACCCUACGACACAUGCAAAACCACGAUGCAAAACUACGACCGCGUCGCCUGGUCGACGAGGCAGUCGCGCUACCAGUUGGGUGAGCGUUCGGAGGACUCGAACUUUCGCCCUUUCUAUGUGUGGCGUAUGCAGCGAUACACGAAGAACAAGCUCAACAAAGAAAAAGUGUCGCCAUAUCUGAGCAAGCUAGUGGAACUGCGGCCGCAUCUUGAGGCGGAUAAUAUUGGUAUAUUUAUACUUUAGCUUUCGCUGGAGGUGAUGCCUACUUCUCCUUGGUCCAGGCCUUGGCGAAGUCGGCCACAGCCUCUUAUUUCUAGCGGACUCCGCAAAAGUUGGAUGGUGAGUUUCUUCACGGUCUUUAACAGUCGCGCUUUUCUCUUGUCUUUACCCCGCCCGGGGUUAUCAUCUCAAUACACGCUACUUCUACCCAUCGAACCUAACCACCGUCCCAACUACAACUUCAGCGCGCGACACGUCUUCGAAAUUCCUCGAGAAGUUGGCUGGGAUGCAGAUGCUCAUGAAACCGGAGCAGCACACGGCCUAUCUUGCAGCCUUGAAGGCUGUGGAAGAGGCGAAGCAGGGAAUUCUCGACUUGAACGAGCGACAGAAAGAGCGCCUUGCGGGGCUCCGCUCGUUUGUUGCGGGUGCGUAGGCGCCUCGCUUUCACAACUAAAACACACAUGACACAUUUAGACUUUUCAAAGUAUAACCUUUCGCAGGUGUGAUUUCUGAUCCAUAUACAACUUCUUACUCGAUGGACUUCUACUGGUUUUGAACAUUGCAGGACGCAAGAAAUUCUACCCAAUCACUUCAAAGGACAAAGCCCCGAUGACCUCCAAGAAUAAUAACAGUUGAACUAUAGCAAGAGCAAAACUUUCGCGAUUUCUUCAAGAUGUAUCCAGGUUUAAGAUGGUGAUACAUUUCAGGCGAUGCAUGACUUUGCUAGCUGGGCUCACCAGCGUCGACGCCUAGUGUGGUGGCGUCUGGAAAGACGGCAGCAGAGUGUUCAUCGGUGGACACAUCCACAGGCCAGCGAUGGGCUGGUGGUUAUGCUUUUCAGCUGAGUAGGUCGUCAGGCUUUGGGCUAGGACUUCGCACAGGAGUCGCAGACGCUCGGGCGCUAAUGAAACAGGGGCUGCCGCUGGUGGGGAGUCGGGGUGGGUUCUCUGCCGUGCUCGGGGGUCUUGUGGUGGUGCUUAUCGGGGGUGCCGCGUGAUUGUGUUAUCGGGUUGGGGUUCUCGAAGGGGUUGCCCCGUUGGGUCUUCUUCUGCCGAAGUGUCGAGGAUGCAAGUCGCUUGUUGUCGUUAUGGUGACGGGGCAGCGCUUGCCCCUUGCCCAUUGGGGGACGGGGUUUGGCUGUAAUGGGUCGCCUGUGUUUUCUCUUGUGGGGCGAGGUGUAUUGACGCCGCGCAGAUGUAGCCACGGCCCCACCGCCUUCAGUGUGUAGGCCUUGCUUUGGGGCCCACGGCUUUUCUGUGUGGUUUUCGGGUGUUUCAUUGCCGUGGGGAGGCCUUGUUGGCAACUUUGUGCGUGGUUGUUCGUCUUUCGGUGUUUGUGCCGUGAUUGCUUUCUUCGAAAUUAGUAAUUUUUUAGCGUGAAAUUAGCGAAAAAGGUUGGCCGGUGUGGUCGAGCUGAUGCUCUUGUCCCAAUCUUCUCCAAAAGAAAAGCGCGCUCUCUGCCCUUGUUAUGGUUCAAAUUCGUUGCCGGGGCUAGAUAGUCUCGCAAGUGAAGCCACACACGAAGCCAAACCGCUCAGAACGAUGGCAAACCCGAGAAAAAAGACAGCAGACUAGAACAAGCAAGGCAGAGCAAGACAGAAAGACACAGAGAGGAAGGCCAGGGCCCAGGGUUUUGCGCGUCUUGAGGUGGCGCCGGACGACUGCAGGACCGACAGCAGGCGCCAGCCGCCGAGACCUUCAAAGAAAGACCCCACUAGCCUCAGGGCAGACCGUCAGGGGCUGAGUGCGAGCCUUCCGCGCAUAACAGCCGCAGGAGCUACUUUCGCCUCUGCGCUGCUACUACCUAGGACUAGCGCGCGCCACUACUAGGACUUGCUAGCAUUACUAGCAGCAGGGCUGGCAGCUCCUCUCCUUCAGGAUCCCACUAGCGGCGUUGCGCCUAAGUAAAAGGGGCGGAGGCGUCGGCUUCUUGUGGUUGAAGCUCUGGCUGAUAGCUCCCUUUUUCAGCCUCCGGCUCGGGCUCCAUGUCCAUGCUCUCGCUGUCUCGUCUUCAGCAGCGAGCCCCCGGCGCGCAGCGAAAAGAACAAGAAAACCGAGCGCCGAGCGGGGGCCGACGUGAUCGGCAGGCGGAAGACCACAACCGUCAAAGGGCAACGCAGUAGCGCAAGGACAUGGACGGGAGGGGUAGGACUAGCAAGAGCAAGGGCAACCGUCAAAAAGAAUGGCCAGCGUCGACAAGAGUAGCCGCGUGCGUGUGGGUGUCUGUGUGUGUCGCAUGUGCAUGAGCAGAGCGAAAAGAAUCGGAGAGCGGGACGGCAAUCGAAAUGGGGCUCAGGCGUAUGAGUGCGCGCAGGUGCGCCACAAGCUGGAGCAGAGGCGAGAGGAAGAGCGAGAGGCCACCUCAGGCCCAGGACUCGGCCGCCUUUCUGCGAGAUGCGGGAGCCCCCUCGCGGGGGCAAAGUGACGGCGCGCGCGCUGUCUCGGUUUCGCGAUCGGUGGGGUAAGGCUUAGGUCGUAGGCGAGCGCUUAACUAUAAGGGUACGCAAGUGGAGCUGGGGCUUGAGGUCGAACAGUAGCGCUAAAAGUAAGCGACGGACAGCCCUCAGCCCAGGGCUGGCACUGAAGCGCGGGCCCCUUCAAUGAAUAAAGCAAAGAAAGAAGAAAAGGCGCAAAGCGUCGGCGCCUGGCAAGCCGAAGCGCCUGGCAGAGGUUGGGCAUUAUCUGGGGGCCGGCUGGCACUGCUCGGGGGGUGUCUGUUUUUGUCGCUUUGCAUUGAAGAAGUGCAGAAAGCUGACAGGGGCAGACGAGUGGCCGGCGAGUAGGCUGCGGGGGCGCUGCUCCUGCCAGCGGGUGGGGAGCUUUUUCGUGUGGUUUCGGUAGCUCUGAUUUCUUGGAAGUCACGCACUCGCUAGCUUUAGCGUUUUUCUUCGUCCGUAAUUGAAUGGGCGCUGGCUCUUACUUUUUCACUUUCGUAGGGCGUAAGAUUUUGGUUCCUAAGUCUGGGAAAAGUCUGGGAGCGUAGAGGAGAAAAAAAAGGAGAACCCUGCGGGGAAGGAGCAGGAGGAAAAGGCCAAGGCCCAGAGAGAGAGACAGAGGGAAGAGGAGCGAGAGGACAAGGCAAAAAGAGAGGCCCAGCGCAAAGCCCAAAAGAGAGAAGAGAAGAGAAGAGACACGGACAGAGGAAAAGAGAAGGGGAGGCAAAAAGAGACCCGCGGGCAAACCGCUGGAGGGACUCAGGGAAGGGAAGAAGACAAAGAAGCCCCCAGGGGCGGAAAAGGCUGGAGGAGAAAAGCGGACGGCGGAGGCGCCGCUGAUAGAUCUCAGAGAAAAGAAGAAGGGGAAGAAGCAGCCAAGAGACCAAGGGAAGGAGAAGGGCAACGCCCGCAAGAAAAAGGACGAGAAGGGGGCAGUGGGGGCGGGGCGCCGAGCAGCCCCACAGCAGUGAAGAGGAAGCAGCAACGAGAACAGAGAGCAAGACCGAAGGAGAAGAAGAAAGCCGGCGCAUAAGUGAAAAAAAAGGAGAGAAAGGGCAGAGGCCCGGCAAAGGGACCGCCGGACGAAAUGAGGCCAAGAAGACCACGAAGGGAACAGAGCAGCAAGGAAAAGGCUGAAACGAGGGGGCCCCUUAAGGGGGGGCCCCUGAUGAGAGAGGGGGGCUGGCAGUGCAGGAGGGUAGGAGCAAGCGGAACGGGCUCCCCUCGCCUCCUUGAGGUCCCCCGGAGAGGUGGCGGACGCGGGUCGGGCCUCUCUCUGCGGGGUCGAGUAGGGGCGGCCUUUUAUCUUAAAGCGGGCAACCCUCUUAGGCCAAACGGCUGCAGGGAUGAGAUGAAAUCCCGCCCCGCCCGAUCGGUGGGCUUGCGUCAUCAUCAUCACCAUCAUCGUGAAAAGUCUGGGAGCAGAAAAAAGCGCCGAGUUCUUGGCGAGUGUCGCUAUGUAAGUCAAUGCUUCUGGUAGUAUCUCGCGUAAGCUAUAGCAAACGCUGGCGCCUAUUAUCUUACCUUCUUGCAGCACGGUGCGGCGAGUUUCUUUUUUUCUGUCAUUCAUUGCCACAUCUUGGCCCAGCGGUGGGCCUAGGCGGGGGCACCUGUCUGGCUUUUUCAAAGGCAAAAGACAAAGAAGCAAGGCAAAGAUCGCCGGCGAUGGGCCUGGCGUUAUGAAGUCAGAUCGUCCGCGGUGCGUCUCUGUCUUUGUCUCUGCGCCGUCAAGUCCUUUAGCGUCUUUUAUUUGAUCAUCAACACAACGGGAGCGCGCUCGCCUGCAGUGAAGGGGCCGCAGCCGUUUUCUUCUGUCGGUUGGCGACUGAAAUGACUACAAGAAGGCAGCGAAAUCGCUUGGCAGGUGUUUCUGUUUGCUUUUUUCUUCGAGCGAGGGAGCGCCCUUUUUUUGCCCACCGCCACGCCCACGAUGAAGCCACCCUUACGGAAGUAAAUCCUGGAGCCUUUUUGCUGUCGAGUACGUAGGGGGGCUCUUUUUUCAAAUUUUGCCAAAGCUUGGCAACAAUGUGGACAAAAUUUGGCAAAAAUUCCACGAACCCGAAAGCCCGACGAACUUACUUGGAACCCCGUCAAACUCUGGACCCCUGGCCAAGGGGUCCCCGGAUCGUUUUGGCUUUUGAAUGUCGAACCCCGGUAAAAUUGGCGCGCGCGCUUUGCCGCGGGAUCCGUCUGGCCAGCGCUGUCGGAUCGCGUCGCCUCUUUUGAAUUCCAAAACUCGACAAGCUUGGGGCGCUUGGCUGAGGGGUGCCCCAGCGGCGGGGCCAGGGCUGACAUGGGUGCCCCCGUGCACCGCUGGGCAUCGCUUUGAGAGUCUCCACUUGUGUCGCGGUUCGUGUGCAGACUCGUCGCGGGAUGGAUUUUUCGGGACUCGAAGGCGCGGCGCCUGAUAGACAUGCUCCGCGUCGAAAGUGGUUGCUUGCUUUUGCGUGACCAACAGCAUACGGCUUGGCACUGUUCACACCACUUUGCUCUUCUCCUUGACCUCGUUCCCUAUCUUCAUACUGGAAGCCUAAUAAGAAAGAACAAAGCAUUUUGGAGAAGCUUCGACGUGCGGACACGACAGACGUAG